AUGUCAGACGGCAACAAUCCUCAAAUAAAGUACGAUGUUUUUGUUAGCUUCAGGGGCAAGGACAUCCGUGACGGGUUUCUUAGCCAUUUGACUCGGGCAUUUCACACCAAGAAAAUAAAUGCCUUUGUAGACGAUAAACUUGAGAAGGGAGAAGAAAUAUGGCCAUCACUUGUUGCAGCUAUUGAAAGAUCUGCCAUUUCGUUGAUCAUCUUCUCACCAGACUAUGCCUCUUCUCCUUGGUGUUUAAAAGAAAUUGCCAAAAUUAUUGAAUGCCAAGAGAAAUAUGGACGCACUGUAAUUCCUGUUUUCUACAAAGUGACUCCCACAGAUGUACGACAUCAAUCUGGGAGGUACCAAAAAGCAUUUGCUGAGCAUGCAACAAAACAUGAGACCGAGCUACAACUCUGGAAACGUGCUUUAGAUAAAUCUGCUAGUUUCUCUGGAAUGGAAUCUACAAAGUAUCAAUUGGAUGAACCAGUGAAGGUGGGUGAUCUCAAAUCUUUGUUGAAAGACAAUGAAAAUGAUGAUUCAGUGGCUUUUGAGUUAAAAAGGCUGGAAGACAAAGCUCUUAUAACUAUCUCUCAGGAUGACAUUGUAUGUAUGCAUGAUAGUUUACAAGAAAUGGGUUGGGAGAUUGUUCGGCAAGAGUCCAUUGAUGAUCCUGGAAGCCGCAGUCGAUUGUGGGAUCCCAAUGACAUUUAUGAAGCAAUUGGUAAAUUGAAAAAGCUCUGGGAUGGAGUGAAGAAUGUGGUGAAUUUAAAAAAGCUUGACCUCAGUUGGUCUAGAAUGUUGAAGGAGCUUCCAGAUUUAUCAAGAGCUAAAAGACUUGAAGUACUCAACCUCCGUGGUUGUGUUAUGUUGGCCUGCGUGCAUUCAUCUAUUUUCUCUCUGCCCAAACUUGAGAGGUUGGACCUUGCUAACUGCACAUCCCUUACUGUACUUGCAAGCAAUUCCCAUUUACUCAGUCUUCGUUAUCUAAAUCUUAUAUGUUGCGAUAAUCUUAAGAAAUUCUCAGUGAUUUCUGAGAAUUUGAAAGAACUCAACUUUGGAGGAACAAAAUUAAAAGCAUUGCCCUCAUCAUUUGGAGAUCAACCGAAGCUUGAAUCGUUGUGUAUUAGCGAAACUGGGAUUGAGAGGUUGCCGUCAUUAAACAAUCUUGGUCAAUUGUUAAAGGAAAACAAGAAACUUGUUCUGUUCUCAGAUUCUGUGAUGUUGGAUGAACGUGCUAUUGGGUUCAAUGCGAAAAUCAACAUAAUGAAAUUUGCAAACCAGCACCUAUCAGCACCAAAUCACAAUCCUGUUAAAAAUUACGGAUAUCGAGAUGCUUAUACUCGUUCUGAUCGAUGUGUUUAUAUGUAUCCUGGAAACAGUUUUCCAGAGUGGUUGGAGUAUAGCACAGGAAAGGAUUGUAUUACUAUUGAUCUCUCUUCUGCUCCACCGUCCCCCGAGCUGGGUUUCAUUUUCUCCUUCAUUCUUGAUAUGAGCUCAAUCACUACAAAUCUUCAAUAUCCUAUCAUUAAAAAUCUUCAAUGUCGUAUCACUACAUUUGAUGGUGAAGAUGGAGGUAAAAGUGACAGCUUCAGAAUGCCCAUACCUUAUGGAAACCUCUAUGUUGGAUCGAAUUACGUGUGUAUGAUCAUAUACGACCAAGCGUGCUCUGAGUUCUUAAAUACAAGAGCCAAAAAUCAAACGAAGUUCAAAAUCCAAGUUACAAUGGUGCACCCUUCUAAAGAUCCUCAUACAACAAUAUUAAUACAGCAGAUGUUAAAAGGAUUCGGAGUCAGCCCAAUAAGCACCUCCGCAUAUGAGGCAUUCAUUGGACAAAUUGAAUUGGGUGACUCAAAGUCUGAAUUUCAUUAA